UCAACAAAGAUUAGAGUACCGUCUAACAUGGCGGAUGAGACUGCAAUUUGCAAACAGUUAAAAAUUCUGCCUUUCUAUCCGCGUUGUUUAUGAAGCUUUCUCUUGAAUUUAUGAUUUAAGCCAUGGAAGAAGGCUACAAAAAGGUAAUAGAACGAAAUCGGGACAAAUUUCGCCGCGCAGUUACAGUGGAAAGGUUAUUUUCGCCUUUAGUUGUCAGCAGUGUUGUGACUUCAGACGAGGCUCAAGCGAUUCAAAGCGAGCAUCCUACUCAAAGAGUGGACCGACUUUUGGAUGUCAUUCAAAGAAAAGACUAUGAGAAGUUCAAGAAGUUCUGUGUUGUUUUGGAAACAACCUACCCGUAUAUGUUGAAUUGUAUGUUCUUGGCAGUCGAACCUCCAACUACAAUUGCUUCGUCGCACAUUCGAACUGAUCAAGGAAAAACUUCAGAUGGUGAUAGUGAUGCACCGCGUCACAUGCAAUGUUUUGGAUCAUCACGACGUGUGAAUGUUGGUCGCAGUACCAGCAUGACGGGCCAUGACCUCUGUAAAGAUCGGGUUCUUGGUUUAAAAAAUGAGUUAAAGACAGUUAAACGAGACUUGGAAAAAGUCACUGCUCAGCUUCAUGAAUCUGAAGCAGAAAGAGAUGCCUACAAAAAAAUAAAUGACCUGAAAAAUGGAGAAAGAUUACAUAUUGACAACAACUCUAAUAUCCCAAUUGGAAAUUCUCAGGGAAAUGAGAGGGAUGAGGAAUUUACAAGGCUCAAAAAGCAGUAUGUGGAGUGCUUAAAAGAACUAGAGAUGUUACGUUACGAGCAUUCAGAGAUGACAACGAAGUAUGAUGCUGUAUGUCAACAGUGUGAAAGCGGCAGAAAAUACAAAAUGUUAUUUCACAGAGAACAGAGAAAGUUUGAAGAGACAAACCUCGAGCGAGAGAAGUUGAAGCAGGAGUAUGAAGAAAUUGUAUUAUUAAGGGAAAGAGAAAAAAUUGAACUAAGUGAAAUCAGAAACAAUCAGCAGUAUGAAGAAUUUCAUUCUGGAAAUACAUUGUUUGAUAAAUAUGAGUCGCACAAAAAGGAAUUUCAAAAUCCUUCAGAUUCUCACCAAGACUGGCGAUCAAAAUACAAUCACAUGUACAAAAGUUAUCAGAAUUUGGAGACAGACUACUCUGCACUUAAAAUUCAAUUUGAAGGUUUGCUUCAUGAGCAUGACUCUCUGAAUGUGGAACGUAAUGGACUAAAGCAACAAGUUGAGGCUGCCAUCAAUAAGUACGACAAAGCUGUCAAAGAUCGUGACACAGCUUUGAAGACUUUGUAUCAGAUUCAACAAGAAAGAGAACACGAACAGGAGCAGGUAAUGACAAUUCAAGUGAAAACUGCCAAAGAUAUUGCAAAGUUGACUGAAGAGAGAAAUGCUGCUCUGAAUGAAUACCGAUUGGUGAUGAGUGAACGUGACACAGUUCACCAAGAAAUUGAAAAACUUCAUGAUGAGCUCACUAAUCUACAGAAAACUAAUGAAAACCUCCAGAAAGAUUACUCAAAACUACAAAAUCAUCUCCACGACACACAAGGGGAGCUGUCUCUUUUAAUGGAAGAACGUGAACAGGGGUCGAAAGAAGUCUUUACUUUGAAAGAGAGUCUUGACCAAGCUUUUUUGGAAAAGGAUAAUGUUGAUAAAGAACUGGAGAAAGUCCAUGAAGAGUACGAAAUGUUAAAACAAGAGAGGAAUGUAGCAAGAAGGGAACGCAGUGAAGCAAUAAUUCACAGGGACAAGAUUCUGAAAGAAUGUUUUGAAAUUCGACAGAAACAUCAGCUGGUUCUCAAAGGGGAGAAUAAAGAAAUGGAUGCAUUGAAAAAACAGUUUGAAGUGCUUUCGAAAGAAUUGACAAAUGCUUUACAUGAUGUAGAAGUUGUGAAAGCAAGGAGAGACUGGGCAAUGUUGGAAAGAGACAAAGUCAUACAAGACAGAGAUUCGUUUAAAAUAAGAUUUGACAAGAUGCAACAUGAAAGAGACCAGGCUGUCAGUGAUUUGGCUGAACUUCUUCGUGAAUCUGAUGCCAUGAAGAGAAAGCAAGGUGAAGUUGUCACAGAACUUUUGGAACUACGAAGCCACAUUGAAAUGCAGUUGAAUCGAGAAAACCUCUCACAAGAGCUUGUUUCAAGUAGGGAUUCAGCAAUAGACUCUGAUUCAACUGAAUGGGAAACAGAAUCUGUUGUCUUAGAAAGGAUGAAUCUUGACGAUGACCUCGGCAUUGCCAUCGCUGGUGGAAGAGACACUCCAGCCAUUCCUAAUGACAGCUCCAUUGUUAUAACAAAUGUUGCCAAAGGCAGCAUUGCUGAUGGAAAAUUAAGGGUGAACGACUGUGUCCUUAAGGUGAACAACAUUGACCUGACAAAUGUGGAAUACCGCACAGCUGUUCAAGCAAUCAGUAGGGGAGAAGUUGUCAACAUGACUGUCAAGAGAAAAAGACGUUUAGGAUCGAGGCCAGUCCUUCUCCCAGUUAGUUUAAUGCUGACAAGCAAUAGAGAGCUGGGGAUCAGAGUUGACAGUACAAAUCAUAUCAGUUCAAUUAUACCUGGCAGUGUUGCUGCAGACGAGAAAACCAUUGCUGUGGGAGAUAAAAUUAUUACAAUAAAUGGUAAAUCUGUUGAAAACCUGAGCCAGCCAGAGGUAGAACAACUUCUAUCAAUGAGUUUAGUCCGCCUUACUCUUCAAAAAUUGUCGUCGACUUCAUCACGGCCACAGGUACUUCAGUCUCUGCUGAACGAAGUCAACGACAAGAUCAGCAGAGAAAAUAACAUCUGCCGUGAGGCAAAACUUACCAGGGAAAGAAUCACGAAUUCUGGCAGCUUAAACGAGUUCCAGAUGUCACAGCAAGGCUCGUCAUCUGCUUAUUAUUCUGGGAAAAGUUCUCCUUUGCCUGAUGACCAAAUAUCAUCCACACCAGAAUCAAUCUCUGAACCAGCUAUACAUUCAUUAUCAUCGACGCCUCUCUUUGAGGAUAUCAGGGAAGGAUUGUGUAACAAACAAACAGAUUCCAGUGAUUUGUCGACAGAGGAAGGAAGAGCACCCCAUCUUGUGACUACCACUGCGGGCUCAACAUCGCGACCAAAAACAUUUGUCAGGUUUAGAAAAUCAAAGAUGUUCCCCAGUCCUCUGACACAGUCACGUGAUCUAUCAAUGUCAUUUCAAAAGGAAAGACCGGUGCCUCCUAUGAGGAGUUGCUCUUACAUGUCGGCCAUUACCUCACCAUCGCAAGGAGACAAUAAUAACAGUUCACAAGAAGACAACGUUCACGCGUUGUCUUCAUCACCAGUGCAUUACCCGUCCAAGUCCCUCCGUGAACCUCCUGUGGUUAUUGCACGUAAAAAGAAAGAUUCGUACUUCCGAAACGGCUCACGUCCACAGUCUGCACCCUCCGCAAGAAACUAUCAGGUGGCUGGUAGUCCUGCGUCGUCUAGUUUUGGACGUUAUUCCAGCCAUGAAGACCCUUUGGCGUUAACUCCGUCUAAGACAAAUAUUCCUGGGCCUCCUGUGACAGUGGCAGUGUUUCGCUCCACAAGUAUCCCGACUUACACAGCCAGCAGUCACUCCGUGCAAAGUUUCGGUGGUGUCCAUGCGGUAAGUCAACAGUGUUUGCCUGUAAACUGCCAAAGUAAACAGAGACACAGUAAACAACAGACGCAUGCGCAUUCAGCUCCGCGCAGCAGACACAGCCGACAGGGUUCUACUCACAGUACCGAGGGUGAGGAACGCAAAACGCGGCAUCUGUCUCUCUAUGACUUUGACCCUUCGACAAACGCUGAGGGCGUUUACAGGAUCAGUUCACCAACCUCAAAAUCACAGAGGACGGCUGGGUACAGUAACGGCAGCGGUUCAGUGAGUUCAACUUACUCGAUUUCUUCAGGACAUACAACCCCUGUUGUCAUACCAUCGACUCCAAUUGUGCCAGGAACUGAGGAGAGCCCUGCGUUGGCCUUUGACUUCAGUGGUCAGUUGGCUUCCAAGGAAGAAGACCUCCUAAACAUAGAUUAUGAGCCUCGACGAGUGUUCAUAGAAAAGAAGGACACACUUGGAAUUUCCAUAGCGGCUGGCUGUCAGGGGGGAGUGUUUGUAUGUUCGGUUAAUGAAGGAAGUGUGGCCGCCAGAGCAGGACUCAAAUAUGGUGAUCAACUGCUGGAGUACAAUGGCGUGAAUCUGAGGUGUGCAACUUACGAGCAAGCCGCCAUGAUUCUCAAACAAUCCGGAAACAGUGUGACCAUUCUGGCGCAGUUCAACCCUGAGAAAUUCAAAGAAACUACAGAAUCGUUAUCCAGCCAAUCAGAAGCGAGCACUACCUGUGGCACGCCCGUCAACAAAAAGAAACAUUCUCGUGAAGGAAGCAGUAACACUCCACCAAUCAGAAGAAACGGAGGAAUUCUGCCAAUCAUCGACAACGAACCUCCUGGGGACCUUCGUUAUGUAUUCUUCACCAAGAGUCCCAGCUCACUUGGAUUUAACAUUGCCGGUGGCAACGCAAUGGGGAUCUUUGUAUCUGAAAUUCAAGCUGAUGAUGAAGCUAUCAGUUCUUCAGGACUCAGUGUCGGAGAUCAUAUUUUGGAAUUUAAUAACGUGGAUUUAACUUCAGUAACGGCAGAACAAGCCAUGCUAGAGCUGUGUAAACCAUCUGAGACUGUUCAGAUACUGGCCCAAUAUAACCCAGCGAAAUUCAAUUCCCUUCGAGACCAACCAGGAGAUUCUUUUUACGUCAGGGCUCUGUUUGAUCGUGCAACGAACACCAAAGGUGACCUGAACUUUAAGAAAGGAGACAUUCUUUACGUCACCGAUACAAUGUACAAUGGCCAUAUGGGGUGUUGGAGAGCUUGUCUUGUUAAUGAAGAGGACGCUCAGAGAAGGGAGAUUGGAAUGGUUCCGAGCCGGAUGAAAGCCGAGCAGGAGAUUUUGUUGCGUAGGAGCCUGGCACUAGCUCAUGGAGACGAGUAUAAACUGAGUGGAAGAAGGAGCUUUUUCCGGCGAAGUAAGAAAGGAACUCAUGGUUCAUCUGUCAAUCACUCCCGUGAGGGAAGUGACUCUGCUACAAGCAUCACGACCAGUUGUACGGAUCUUGGUAUAGCUUCUUACCAGACAGUGGAAAAACUAGACAGUCAUAUCCCAAGAGCUGUGAUUUUGUUCGGUCCGUUGGUUGAUGCGUUGUACGAGAAACUCUGCGAAGAAGUCCCCUACAAGUUUGUCCAGUGCAAACCAGAAAUUGUCAACUUGCCGGAGGAGAAAGUUGAAAAAGGAAUAGCAGACGGCACGUUUGUUGAUUACUCUUGGAAAGGUCAUCAGUUGUCCUGUACCACAAUGGCUUCCAUCAAACAAGUCACCGACAAGCACUGUUUAUUAGAUGUCAGUCCGUCAACAGUAGAACGGCUUCAUGCCUUACAAGUCUAUCCAAUCAUUCUGUUCGUCAAAUUCAAAUCACACAAACAUAUCAGAGAUCAGAAAGACGGUCGAUACGUCAGAGAAAAGAUGAGUCCUCGACACGCCAAGGAACUGUUCGAAUCUUCUAACAAAAUGGAACGAGAGUUGAAGCACUUAUUUAAUGGUGUCGUACAUGGAAGCAACCUUAGCAAUGUUUGUUCCCAGAUUCAAGAGAUGGUGGAAGAGCAACAGAAGAAGACAGUCUGGGUACCACUUUCCAGCGUCUAGUGUAUCACAUGAUCUAGUUGUAACCAUGGUUACAAUUCCGUUUAAAAAAAAGAAAGGAAAAAAAAAGAAAAAAAGCGGACCAGUCUUCUUUCAUUUUUUUUAGAUCUAACUGCCUUGGUUUUUAAGAUUUUUUAGUUUCCCUAGCAUUGAGAAUUAAAAUUUGAUCAGUUAUUGGUCUGAUAAGAUUUUUAAAGUAACAUGAUAAAAGUAUUAAAAAUCAUUUUUUGCUCAUUAACCGAAUUUGCGCCAACGAUGCGAAUUUGAUUUCUAUGCUUGGAUUUUCUUUACAAGUUGCUAUCAUUUUUGAUCUCCCAGCAGGCUGGGAAGGAAUCGUUGUAAAUAAGCUUCCUGUAAAUGCACUCAACAGUCCACUGAUUGGCUCCAGCUUUUAAUUCCUUCUUAAUGGAAAUGAGAUAUGCAUGCUCUGCAAAUUAGUUUUAAAAAGUUUGGGUGCCCAGUCAAAGGUUUUUUUUAAUGUUUGAAGUUUAAAUAGUAAUUUAUGAUGUAAGCUUUGCUUGGUAGAUCCCUAAUUAAAAAUAUUUUUCAUAUUCCUGUCUAUUUCUUAUUGUCUUUUUGAGCUUAAGGAGAGUCCAAGACUGAUUUCACGAUACAGUCAAGUUGGUUUUGUCUAAAUUUUCAUGUACAACGCAGGCAUAUCGGACCUUUGCCAAAGUCCUUUUGGGUAAUUGGUUUUUGCACAGCUUUUAAAUAAGUGGCCCCUUUGACAAGCCAUUUUGUGAAUACUUUUUCAAUCCAUUUAAUGUACCCGCAACUCUCACGUAUUAUGCGUGAGUCUCACGCCCGCAGACCAAAGAGUUCGAUCUCACGCAUUGAGGGCAAUUCCUCAUGCCUGACUUGAAAAUCCGGUUGACUUGUUCUUUAGCACACUAA